AUGGCCACCCCACCUCAGACCCCUCCAAGCGAGACUCCUGCUGCGACAACGACCGGCAAGCCCAUCCACAGUCUGGUGCUCGACACGGGCCCUCUCAUCAAGAACGAUCCGACUGUCAGCGCUCUCCUCGCGCAGGCCGAACAAUUAUACAUCCUGCCCUCUGUGGUGCCUGAGAUUCGCGACGCCGCAACGCGGACGCGAGUGGAGACGCAACUGCUGCCGUUUGUGACAGUGCGGGCGCCGAGCUCCAAGAGCGUGGGCAUCAUCCGCGAAUUUGCGCGCAAGACUGGCGACCUGGGAGUCCUCAGUAAGCCAGAUAUCGAGGUCCUGGCGCUGGGCUACGACUUGGAGUGCGAGCGCAACGGAGGCGACUGGCGGCUACGCAACUCACCGGACCAGAAGCAGGUCAACGGCAAGCCUCCCCAUAGGACGCAAGUGCCCACCGAUACUACAGACGAUGCCCGAAUAGUACAUACGCCAGUUAGUGCGGCUAUAUCGUCUACAGAAGCUGCAGUGGAGGCCAUAGGAGAUCUGAGCGUCAACGAUACCGCCAAGACUGAGGAUGUUGGGAAGAUAAAGAGUCCGGCUGAGCCUCUGGAUGCUACUUUAAUUGAAAAUGAACAUGGACACGCCACAAAACUUGAGGACUUGCCUGCCAGCGAGGAUACUGUUUCUGAGGUGGUCGAGGAUGGAGACGACGGCGAAGCGUCCGACGACGAUGGUGGUUGGAUCACGCCGUCCAACGUCAACAAGCACAAGGCCCAGGGCAACGGCUCGACCCCUGCCAAGAACCCGCAACGCACCCUACAAGCGGCCGUUCUCACCUCUGAUUUCGCCAUGCAAAACGUCGCCCUACGCAUGAACCUCAAUCUGAUCACGCCAUCCUUUUCACGCAUCACCCAGCUCAAGACGUGGGUGCUGCGCUGCCAUGGAUGCUUCAAAGUGACCAAAGACAUGGAGAAGCAAUUCUGCCCAAGCUGCGGGCAGCCGACCCUCAUCCGUACCAGCUGCUCCACCGACGAGAAGGGUAAUUUCCGGUUGCAUCUGAAAAAGGGCUUCCAGUGGAAUAAUCGAGGGAAUGUGUACAGUGUGCCGAAGCCAGUGCACGGCACACCGCAUGGACGACUGGCGAAGCAUGCGGGUGGGCAGAAUAACUGGGGCGCGGGUUUGUUGUUGGCCGAGGAUCAGAAGGAAUAUCUAAAGGCAUCGGACGCACAGAAGAAGCAGAAGAAGAAGGACUUGAUGGAUGAUGAGUUUCUGCCAGGGAUUUUGACGGGUGAUCGAUCGGGAAGUGGGAAAAUCAAAGUUGGAGCGGGAAGAACGAUCAACUCUCGCCGUCGGCGAUGA